AUGUCGACUGAUUCAGACAGUGACCCAAUUAUCGAUCAGUUUAUGGACAACCUGAACGAUGUUGGCAAUACCAUUAAAGCUAAAAAUGCAGAAUUAUCUCAGCGCGAAGCUAAAUUAAAAGAAGAAUUCGAGAAACACAAACAGCACCUUGCAGAACUUGCUGCAAGAGAAAAACAAUUACAAGACUUUGCUGAUGACUUAAUGAAAACUCAAGAACAGUUUGAGCAAGAUAAACUUAAUGCACAAAAAGAGAUUGAGAAAAAGACAAAGCGUCUCGAAGAUUUACGUUCAAAAGUUGCAGUUAAGCAGCAAGAAGUUGAUGAACAAGCUACAAUUUUACAUAUAAGAGAAAACGAAAUGCAAGAAUUAAAAGAUCGUGCAUCAAAGAUCGAAAAGAGACUUGCUCAGAAGCGUAAAGAAGUCGAACUUAAGGAGCAAGAAGCUCUUGAGGCUCAAGCAAGAACAGAACAGCGUCAAAAGACUGCUGCUGAAUUACAAUCUCAACUCAAACUCUUCAAAGCUGAAUAUCAAUCCAAACUUGCAACAUUACAAGACUUACAAAAGACAGAAGAAGAAAAGCGUCGUGAAGUUGCUCAAGAAGAAGCUCAACUUGAAGCAGCUCGUGAAACUGUCGCUAAAUUAGAAGAAGAACUCAAACAAAUUACAGCACAACAUGAGCGCGAGCGUGCUGAAUUGUCCAAGCAGCUUGCUGAUCAAAUAUCUGCAACAGAAGCUGCUAAAAACGCUGCAUCAGAAUUACAAUUAACAGUUGAAUCUCUUAAACGUGAUGAAGCUACACUUACUGAUAAGCUUCGUCGUAAGGAGGCUGCUGUUGCAUCAGCUCGUGAAGAAUUAGCUCAGCUCGAAGCUAAAAACGAACAUUACGACGAACAACUUCGCCAAGCUAAGAAUGAGCUCGAGCAAGCUAAAGCAGAGUUCGAGAGAGAAACAGAGAAGAUGAAGAAUACUGAAUUCAGAAUCGGUGACGAUUUGAUGAAAAUUGAUGAUCUCGAAGCAACUCUUGAACGCGAAAGAGAUGAAUUGCAAAAUGCCAGACAAACACUUGAAAAGACAAGACAAGAGUCACUAAAGGCUACACAAAGAAUUGCAGAUUUGAAUGAUCAAUUAAGACGUCGAAAAGAAGAACUUAGAGAGAAGAGGCGCAUGAAUCAAGAACGUGCUGUCGAACUCGAGACUAAAAAGCGCUUAAUCCAAAGCAAACAACCAAAACCUUCUUUGGAGCCACUUCAAAAGAAAAUUGAAAAAGCCAGAGCGGAACUUGCAGAGAUAGAAAAGAGGAAUGCACUUGCAAGAGAAAGAAUUCGCAAGGAGGAAGAACAAAGAGCAGCACAAGCUGAAGAAGCCAAGCAAAGAAUGAUUGCACAAAUCAGAGCGGAAGGUGAAAAGAAAGAAGCAGAACUCAGAAGCCAAUUACAUGCAGCAAAGAAGGAAAAGAAACAGCUUGAAGGAAGACUCCAACAACUCCAAACAGAAGCAGCACAAAUGGAAGCAACACUCCAGAAAAUGCGUGGAAAUUUGUCUACUGCAGAAGCAGAAUCAAGUCGCGUUAAACAGCUUUUAGUUGCAGACAAAGAAGCUCAGAGACAAAGUGAAUUAGAAGAAGCACGUUUAGAAAAGAGAAGAGCUGAACUUGAGAAGCAAUUGGCUAAUUUAGAAGAAGAAGAACAGAACCUCGAUAGAGAAGAAAAAGAAUUAGAUAAAAGAUGUCAAAGUGUAAGAUCUGCUUUGGAUGAAGUCCAGAGAAGAAGAGUUUCAGCUUCAAAUGGACCAUUCAAGACAGCAGACGCAUUAGAUGGAAUAGACACUAUGGAAGGAAGCCAGGCAAACGUUGCUGACUUAGAAAGAAGAGCUGGAAAAUUAAUGAAGAAAUGCCAUUCUGCACUCGAAGAAUUAAGACGCGUUAGACGUGAAAAAGUUGGAGAAGAACAUAAGGCUUUAUUAGAACUAAUCGAACAGAAAGAAGAUAAGUUAAUGGCCCUUCACAAAUCUAUUUUCUCGAAGGAUGAUUUAUAA